AUGCCUCCAUCAAUCCACGCGUUCGUCGUCGACCACCAUGGGGUGCGCGGCCUCGCACGCCUCGGGUACGACUACGUCAAGCGCGCGAUGAGCCUCUUCGUCGUCUUGCUUCUCGCAAUGGACGCCGUCGUCAACAACUGGGCGCUCAGCAACUACCUCGCGGGCGGGUAUUUCUUUCUGACGCCAAUUGGUGCGGUUCAGAACGCCCCGCAGCUCGAGACGCAGUACAGCUACAUGCGCGGGUACUCGAUCGCCAACAUGUCCAACAUGGGUCAGUGGAUGGCCAACUACACGGUGGUCAACUUGGUCAGCAAGAACGACCGCGUCUUCGCGAUUUCUGCCGGCGAGUUUGAGCUUACGCCGUCGACCGUCCUCUGCCCCAUCUUUCAAGGCGACUAUAACGUGGAUCUGAGCGUCUCCAACAAGGUCAAGCUCGCCGUCGCGGCCGACGCGACGACGUUCUACCGCGGCAACGCCUUCACCCAUGCGACCAAUGCCAACGACAAGGUGCCGGCUGGUGCCAGCAGCGUCGACCUCCUCAAGCAUGGGUACCUCCCGGGGCGGACCACCGUCGACAAGCGCUUCACGCGUGAUAUCGUCCUCGCCAACACGCCGACACCCCAAACGCAGGUGGUGCCGUACUUCCGCAUCUACUCGCGCAACUACUGCACCGGCUGCGACACGGUCGCGGAGCUCGGGUACUCGACGUGUGAGUUCAAAAUGAUCUACAAUGACGCGGUCAAGACGCUCACGGUCACGUCCAGUGCCUUCGUGCCGGGCUCGACGUACCAGCUCGGAUUCACGGUCGUCAACUCGGCGAUGGCGCUCACCGCCCUCAUCGUCAAGCUCCUUGCGAUUUUUGUGGGCGUUGGCGGGUACAUUGCGAGCCGCCGCACCGUGCAGUGGUUUGAAGUCGACCCGGCGAAACCCGACUCGUUCGUCGCCAAGGCGAUUCGCACCGUCGUGCCCAAGUACUUUCCAUUUCCGUCCGAAGCUCUGAGCUACGACAUGCUGCUCUUCAACUCGGACAUUUUUGUCUAUCUGUACACACUCUCGGUCGUCCUCGACUUGCAAAAUUGUCUGCGCUACGCCCGGGACGUCAGCGUCUACAACGCGCCGGCGCCGCAAGCGCUCGUGUCGAUCGAGAUCUUUGCGCUCUCGUUCCGCCUUCUCUGGCUCAACCUCGUCAUCCUCAAGCUCUGCAAAUUGCUCUGGAACCUCCUCGGUAUCGCGUCGUUCAAUGGCCAGAGCGUCAUGAUGGGCUUCUUCAACUUCUCGAGCGUCACCGCCUUGUACCUCAGCGGCCUCUCCCUCUUUUUCAUCCCGUCCUUUAUCGACUAUAGCAACUCGGACAGCUACGAGCUGUACCAGCACACCGAGCCACUCGACGGGAUUCGCGUCGAGGUCGUCCACGGCAUUUACAUCCGCGUCGCGCCGUACGUCGUGUUCGUACUCCUCGUCAAUAUCGUCGUCAUCCUCGUGCUCGACCACGUGUGGAACCUGGCGCAUUGGAAAAUGCUGCGCAAAAACAGCUUGGCGCGCCAAGCGGUCUACAACAGCACGUCGAUCAUGUGCGACUUUCUCUGGGGCAUCGAGCCGCACGAGCUCCCGACCGGUCCUGGCUCGGUCGUUUGCAUCAGUGCGCGCCGGCUGAACCUCCUGGCGAAGAAACGAGUCAUGCUGGCCGUGCACGUCAGGUCGCUGCCCACCAAGCCGGUGACGUCGCCCGACGAACCGCCGUCGGCCACAGCCGAUGCGACGGACGAGUACUUUAUGCUGGCGCAGGACGGCGACGCCAACAUCCACAUCCUCGACGGCAACCUCACCGAAGUCCCCAGCGUCGUGUACAACGUCAAGAUCCUCAAGAACUCUUUCAUCAAACUCAAGUAGAGACACAACUCAUUGUGCACACGUUUAUACAUGAAUAGAAUGAUGUUGUUUAAACAAGAAUGAAC